AGAAUCUCCCCACGGAUUGUGCCUAUCACCGCGCGACGAUCACUAUCACAGCCACGAGUUUGCAGUGUAGUACGUCGCCCCGUUCGUUUAUCGAGUCGUCGAGAGUAUUCGAAAAACAAAUAACGAGGUGGAAGGAGAAUUUCCGAAACGAUAAAUACCACGGGGCUCCGAGUCUUUCCGGCCUUCGAGUCGUUCCGAUACAAAAAGCUUUGCAUCUCAAAGCUCGCUGGUGGGUGUCAUUUACCAUGAAGAACUUAGCCCUCGUCGUCGUUUUCGUACUCGUGAUUUUUUCACCACCUGGAAAACCCUACACAAUUUCUCACAACACGGUGAAAACAUGGGCACACAAACUCGGCUUCGAGCUCUCACAGCUCGGCAAAUACGUGACGAACGUUGAAAAGUUCAGCGAAAGUUACAAAGCCGCCAAGUUUUUGCCACAAGACGGUAACGACCUUGUUCGAGAAAUCGCUAAGAGCAUCAAAGCGAUGAUGGAAUCGAAAAUAUCAGCGAUCAAGAGGAUUAUGGACAUUGCCGAGGAGUCGGCCAAGUCCUCGAAAGACGACGAUAUACCGGAAGACUGGUUAUACGUAAACGCGAAAAACAAUACGCUCGAUUUCACGUUCAGUGCACAUUUCGGGGGUGAAGUUAAUUUGAACCUUUCGUCGGUGCACGUACCAACGAACGUUUACGACCGUGCCCGGGAGGUGAUAAAAGCCAUCAAAUGGUCGGAGGAGUUGGACCACACGUUCAUAAGCAAUUUCGACCAAGAUCCAUCCCUCUCGUGGCAAUAUUUUGGAAGCGCGACCGGCUUCAUGAGACAAUUUCCCGGGACGACGUGGACCCCGAAACCCGUCGAUCUUUUCGACUGUCGAACACGAGGCUGGUACAUCGAGGCGGCCACCAGCCCCAAAGACGUCCUCAUACUCGUCGACGUUUCUGGCAGUAUGACCGGCAAAAACAAAGAAAUUGCCAAACACGUCGUCGACAACAUUCUCGAUACCCUCGGGAAUAACGAUUACGUCAAUAUCAUUACGUUCUCCAACGUUACAUUAGAGGUGGUUCCAUGUUUCAACGGCACUCUGGUCCAGGCGAACUUAGCGAAUCUUCGUGAACUGAAAGAGGCGAUAUUAGAACUAAAGACCGACCAAAUAGCCAAUUUUUCACUAGUACUUAAUUACGCGUUCGAGCUAUUGGAACAAUUUCGCGAAGAGAAGGAAGGAGCGAUGUGCAAUCAGGCGAUAAUGUUGGUGACGGACGGCGUACCGUUCAAUUUCAAAGAAAUAUUUCAGCGAUACAACUGGCGUGAAAGGCCUGACGAACCCGACAAAGCGGACAUGCCGGUUCGAGUCUUCACUUAUUUGAUCGGCAGAGAGGUCGCCGAUGUCAGGGAAGUCAAAUGGAUGGCUUGCGCCAACAGAGGAUAUUAUGUUCACCUUUCAUCUUAUCCGGAAGUACGAGAAAAGGUGCUGAAUUACGUGCCCGUAAUGGCUCGGCCUUUGGUGCUGAAUGGAAAGGACCACCCGACGAUUUGGACGCCCGUGUACGCGGACAUAACGGAUCCAAAAAUGGCGGAUUGGAAAUGGGAGCAGCGUGAGUGCGAGGAGCAGAAGCAGCGUUUCUUCCGUUUUCGAAAGGACAAAAAGUUUUUCGUGGGUGACCAGCGAGACCGUCGUUUCGCUCACAAGCCAAGGAAGUAUCACGAUUAUCACAACGAUCUGCAGGAAUAUCAGUUGAUGACGUCGGUUAGCAUGCCCGUCUACGAUAGGCGGGAGAACGCGAACAUCACUGAGCAGGUGCUGAUAAAGGAGGCCUACUGGGUUACACAGACAAGAGAGACUAGAAUAGCCGAUCUCCUGGGAGUCGCCGGGACCGAUGUACCUAUCAAGGAAAUACAGAAACUCAUGGCACCCCACAAGCUCGGUGUCAAUGGCUAUGCCUUCAUCGUGACCAACAACGGUUACGUGCUCAUUCAUCCUGACCUCAGGCCAGUGUUCGAAGGGAUCUUGAAACCUUCGUACAACAGUGUCGACAUGGCCGAGGUCGAACUCAUGGAUCUCGGCAAAGGUCCGAGAGACUUCGACGAAGGAAUUCUCUCGCUUCGCGAUGACGUGAUCAACCAAACUCCCGGUAGCGCUACCCUUUUCACGAAAUACCACUACGACAAUAUGAAAAGAGUUGGAAGGAUGAAAAGAAAAUACGAUUACCGAGGUAUCGAGAGUACGCCCUUCACCGUCGUGGUCAGCCUACCGGAGCACGGUCACGCGGGAAGUUAUCGGGUCAAAGCCGAAGAAGAGAUUCAUCGCUCUACGGUCGAAGGUAAAAUUGUGACAGACUACUUCGCGGACAGUAACUGGCGGGUGCAUCCGGACUGGGACUAUUGCAAAUACCACUACGAGGGUGAGCACAAGUUCAACUCCUCGGAGAGGCAGCUCCUGCAUUUUUUGGAGCGAACCCGCCAGCCGGGCUGGAAAUGGAUCGAGAGCAGGCAGCGAUCCCAACCGCCCGAGCAUUCUGCCGCAAAUUCUUCGGGUUCCGAACACAGUAAGCCUAAACAAACCCAACCAAACCCGAGCAAAUCGACUCCAACCCCGGACAAGAAUUCCUACUUUUGCGAUCGAAGUUUGCUCCAGAGUUUGGUUUUCGACGCAAAGGUAACCGCGUGGUUCGCGAACAUCAACACCACCCGCGAGGAGAAGGGACCUUUAGCUAGGCUGAUGAACCUCCUGCCCAGGAAAGAGUUUCAACAACGCUUCGGCUUCACCCUCGCCUUCAUGGCAACUCACAGCGGUCUCACUAGAUGGCAAGAUUUCAACGUCGACAACGACACGACACCGCUCGCUCAUCAUUUCAGCAAUCUUUAUUCGCGCGCCAUCGACGAAAUUUGGUACAAACGGGCAGUCGAACACAACUAUCUUCAGCCUGACAGCUUCGUGUUUUCUGUGCCGAUCGAUGACGCCGGUGCAGAUAAUACAACACUCGUGACUGCCAGCAGAGCUAUUUUCAUUGGUGACGAGAAAAAGAAAGCCCCAGUCGCGGUGGUCGGUUUCCAAUUCCAACACACCGCACUCCAGGGCCUUUUUCAAAGUAUAACUUUCAGUUGCGACAAAAAUAAUAACUGCGAAAAUAAUUGCUUCAACGACUCCUUGGCUUGUUAUCUCGUCGAUAACAAUGGUUACAUCGUCGUUGCUGAGGCCGUUUCGGACGCUGGCAAAUUUUUUGGAGAGGUUAGAGGACCUGUCAUGGCAAGGAUGGUAGAGGAGGGAAUUUUCGACAAAAUUCGUAUUUUCGAUUAUCAAGCGGUCUGCUACAGAAAUACUCAAACAUCUAACGAUGGCACGAUACUUUUUACGCCAUGGAAAACAAUGCAGAGAACGUUCUCAUGGAUAAUGAGCCACAUUGUGUGGACAUGGGCGAAAAUGGGCUUGUGGGAGAGCGACUAUACUUACGCUUGGCCUGAUCCGAGCGAGGAAGAAGGUUCUGCUCAGAACCACUACGACAAUGAUGACAAAUCUUCCGAGUCCGGUUCCGGUGGGGACAAAGCGUUUUUGCAGAAAAACGUUUUUCUCAACAAAACGAAACGACAAUCGUGCGACAAAGAGGUUUAUUUAUAUCUUUUGAGAAAUGGAACAACGAGAGAGUACGAUGUGGAUUACGAUUCGACGAGGGGUUGCGAUCGCCCUUUCGUCGUGCAACCAGUGAGUUUCAGUAACUUGUUGUUGGUCGUGGUAGACACGAAUUGUCCAGACACAGCAGAGCCUUCGUUGUCCGUGGAGCCCGAGGAGGUUUUAUAUCCGAACACCACAUUGGCGUGCCAAAAAGCGAUGAACGAGCUGAGACGCCAGAGGCCGCAUUCGUGCAUAAGAAAUCACACGCGCGAAAGCGAAAUAAAAGAUCGUUGCGGGGACGCCUCGUCCUUUGGACCGAACGUUAAUCUGCUCGCACUCAUGAUUAUCGUUCUAGCACUCGCGAUUUCGAGGAUAGGACAAAAUUAAGGCGAUAAUAACAACAAACGAAGCAAAACAAAAACAACCUUUUUCAUCUCAAAAUUAGCUAAGUUUACGAAUGAAAUAUUGAGGUUAUAUUUAGUACGUGACAAACGGCUGAUUGCGGUAGAUAUUCGUACUAGCGAGUGACACCUGGUGGCUGAAAUUUGUACUUGAAGUAAAAACUAAAACAAUCGUGUAUAAAUAGGAAAUGAAAACAAAAAAAAAACAAAAAUAAUAUGAACGCUCCUCCCGUAAACUUCUCUUCGUACAUAUUUCGAUUCAAAAACUAUUUACAAAUGUGAAUAACUCUGUUACGGAAAAGUCCACAAUAUGCUGCCAUCGAUUGCUGUUAAUUCCUCGCCGUCUGUUACACCGUCAAAAAAGACUUUUAACGGUUUUUUACUAUAUAAAAAUAUUGUUUCCUUUGAAAAUAAUGUUUUUGUACUCAAAGUUCCACUGCAGAAAUCAUUCGAAAAUCACAUUAGCCAGUUUUAUUUGAACGUUGAUUAUCUUUUUGAGGUUCAAGCCUCAAGACUAAAUUGUACUGCUCUCUCGCACUGGUCUUUUGGACGUAGCGAAUAUAAUUAUUGUAAAUUAUUUUCAAGCUCUUAAGUAUUGUUAAUUAUUACUAUUUUUUGCAGUUAGUUUUAUUCCAGCUGUUUUCACAAUCCAAGCAAUUUCGAUCGAUUCAUUUUUUUCUUCCAAUAUCGGAGCUAAAGUCAAACUACUCAAAAAAUGUCUACAUUUCGACAAGAGAGCAAAAAACACUGAGCGAAAAAGGACGUAAAAAACGAUUUUUUUUACUUCAAUGCAGACUUUAAUGAGUUUUUAAUUAUAGUUGGCGAAUUACUGUUGCGCUUCCGUUAUCGCGAACUUUCCGUGAUAACUCGAACAAUCGUUUUUUCUCCUUCCAACGUUAGUGACGUGCAUCGCGAUCGGGACACGGUAAAGUAACUGAAAAACUUGUGACACGCCCAUUUCAAAACCAGGAUAAUUUCUACGCUUUCUACUCGAAAAUAAUAUUCCCAAACAUUUGGCAAAACGAACUAUGGACGACUAAAUAAAUUCUUGUGACACCUCAACCCACUGGAGAGGUAGUAAUCGAAAGAAUGACAUUGAUUUUUCAGUUUUAUUCAUGACGCAAUAAAAUUAUGACGCGAUUGAAAUUUUUGACGAGACAUUAUCGACGUUGGCAUUAUUUUCGAGUGAGUAAAGUUUCAAUUUUUCAGAAUCCCAAUUACUAACCCUUCUCAUCAUCGGCGUGGUUUCAUCGAACAUCAUUAAUUGAUACAUAGCAGUGAAAGUUUAUAUCGUUGAAAUAAAAAAAAAAAACAAAGGCUCGUUGGCUUCUUCGAGAUACUCGGACACACUGAGCUAAAUAAAGUAUCUGUAUCAACGAAAUAGCACUGUUCUGCUGAAAAAUUUCUAUCGUUUCAAAUAUUUAAUGAAGAUAAAAAUAGAGGAAUUUCUUUACCCUCCAACGAAACUUUACUGUCACAAUGGGGGACACAAGAAGAGAGAGAGAGAGAGGAGAGAAAGAGAAGGAUCGUGCACGAUCGUGGGCCACUGUGGGCAUAAUUAAAUAAAGUUUCCACCUUAAUUAGAUAGAAGAUUGUACAGGAUGUCAAUACGAGAUAACUGCGGUAUCCACAAGAGUUGUGAAAAUUGUAUAUUUUUUCAAUCGCAAGAUAUCAAUGAUAUGAUAGAAGGGAUUAAGGAAGUUCAAGCGAUAUAUACAUAGGAUUAUCCAUACGAAAAAUACAUUAGAUUUUAUUAUUCCAAGUUAAUAAAUUGAAUUUUGUUGAACAGCGCUUAAUUAUGUGUGAAAAAUUUGGAGAGGUUUCACCGUCUGGUAAUCGAGAUAUUCAUUGACAGGUUAAACAUGGGCUCUUAUGGAAACUUUCAAAAAAUUGCGAGCUCAACAAUAAAUAUCUCAAUUUCGAGACGGUGAAUCAUCGACAUAUUCCGUCAGAAGUUUAAUACUGCCUUAAGCUUUUUGUUUAAAAAACUUGAUUGUGCGCAGUUGGAAAAUAAUUUUUUCAUAAGAUACGCUUGAACCUCUUUAACGCGAUUUCUGCAUUUUAUUGCGUACAAUGUUCGCAACUCUGAAAAAAGAAACAACAAUAAUGAAGUAAAUGACGUUUUAUAAUAUAAAUAAUACGAUGAAAAAUAAAAAAAAAAAAAGAAAGCAAAGAAAAGCGUAAAAAUAUCGACGAAUGCUGUGAAGUUCUAUGUUUCACUUGUUUAUUUUAUUACGAGAUUAAAUAAAUAUAUAAAUAAUAUAUAUUAUUGGAUUAAAUGAAUACGAGAAAAACAAGUGUGAUUAAUUGGAUUGAAAAAUAGCAGGAAUGUCACAAAUUUCAUAACUCGAAGCCCAACGAAGGAUGAAAAAACGACGAUAAAAUUACUAAGGAUGAGGGUGAACGAAAUUUGCCGAUUUAACGAAAAAUUUCGAGAUUCUUAAACGAAAUUCGUAUUCCCUAACAGGAUUUACAAAUGCCGUAACUGAAAAACAAACAAAUUUUCAAUAUCCAAAAAGUUUGCAUGUGAGAGACUAAAGCUCGUGAAUGAAUAAUAUUGUACAAAAAGGUUUGACGAAAGAACAUAAAGAAAGAUAUUGAAAACAUGAAAAGAAGAUGAGAAAGUAUCGAAACGUCAAGGAACACUCCGGUUCGGUUAAACCCGAUGAAUGUGUAAGUGAAAUUGUAUGUGUAUCAUAGAAAUCCGCCAAUACAAUUUCAUUAGUACUUCGAUUUUAAAUAAACAAGCGUUAAUUACAUCUAGAUAGGAUUUUAUAAUAGCGAAAAAUUCAUGAGGAGCAAAACACAUUACUUUAUAUAUUACCAAAAAUACGCAUAAGAAAACGCUAUAUUUACAUAUGUAUAUGUUUAUAUCGAGUAUUGAAAAGUCACAGGAUGCCAUUGGACCGAUCAUGAAAAUUCUUUUUCCCCACAAAUCUUUUCAAUCAUUUCAAAUUUUAUGAUGGAAAAACUUGAUUUUGAACAAACGAGUGUUAUUCCAUAAUUUGAUCGAUUUACCCCCACUUUUAGAAUAAAAUUCUAUGCAAAAUAUCAAGGCACGUUGUGCAAGAAUUUCCAUACUCGAGGAAACUAUUUUAAAUUAUAAAACUUUGAAUAAACACUUCCCUCGAGGCACAGUCACCCUCGUGGCUUUCCAAUACUUGUUUUAGUAAUGAUGAAGUACUCAUGUUCUCACACCUCACAAGCAUAUUGUAAAUCGACCCGACUCUCUCAAGAUAAUCGUCGUUUGUUCGCAACAUUUGCAGAUUUAUCAUAAAGUUAAUUUUUAUAAAUUAAUGUAAUAUAUAUAAGGGACAUAAUUGUGUGCCUUCCGUUUAAAAGCAUACGGCACGCGGUUGAACGAAAAAUCUUGUUGUAUGUUUUUCAAUAAAUUAUUAAAUCCUACUGUUUACAAUA